GUUUUUUUUUUUUUUCAAAAUGGAAAACAAAGAGGGAAGCAUAAAAGUAUAAGUAAAAUAAUUUCAAGGAAUAAUUAAAAAUUGUUUAUCAAAAGACUUUCAAAAGGGUUGUUUACCUUUUAGAAAAAUUUUUUUUAGUGUCUACGAUAUUUCAAAUAGUGGACCUCUUCACCAGUUUAAAAGAAAAAAAAAUGAUGAAACGUUUUUUUUUUUUCAAAAUGGAAAACAAAGAGGGAAGCAUAAAAGUAUAAGUAAAAUAAUUUCAAGGAAUAAUUAAAAAUUGUUUAUCAAAAGACUUUCAAAAGGGUUGUUUACCUUUUAGAAAAAUUUUUUUUAGUGUCUACGAUAUUUCAAAUAGUGGACCUGUUCACCAGUUUAAAAGAAAAAAAGUGAUGAAACGUUGUUUUUUUUUUUAAAUGGAAAACAAAUUAUAGUUUGGGGGGUGUUGAAAAGGUUUAUGAAAACUAAACCGUUCGUUUUUGCAACAUUUAAUGAUCUAAACUUUAAAGAGUCUUGUUUGCAAACUUCCAAUUUAUUAGGAACGAUUGCGUGCCGUCCCGCGCUCGGAAUUUGCUACGUGAGCCUCGCGCGACGCGUUUUCUGGUGCGGCCGUGGCGCCCCCGCCCCGUUCCUCAGGAAGAAAGCGGACUUUGUCGUCCUCUGGUGGAUUGUUUAACAACUGUUUGUUGUCUUCUGCGCGCCAAGGUCAAAACUCCACACUCGACCCGGCGUCUCGGCGAACAAUGCGCGGAUCCCAAAACGAAUCAGACAUGCAAUGGGGCUGGGUGGGGGCUCCUGUGGAAAAGUCCCGGUGUCGCGACCGCAAAUAAUGAUCGGACUCUGGAAUUAGUUGUCUGGGGUGCGUGCUCACCCGUCAGUUGUGACCAAAGAGUGAAAUUAGCAAAAUGGCGGUUUGGUGCUAACAACCACGCAGCCUCCAUUUACAGUCCGGGCACGGAGGGGUGAAAAGACAUCAAAAUCCAAAAGAAAUGGACCGGCAACACAGCUUCUACCGGCAGGUGGACGUCCAGGACCACGUCCACUACAUCGUGGCCUUUUUCGUCCUGGUGAUCGGAACGGUCGGCGUGACGGGAAACGCCCUGGUCAUGUACGCCUUUUUCUGCAAUAAGAAGCUCCGCACGCCUCCCAACUUCUUCAUCAUGAACCUGGCAGUGAGCGACUUCCUCAUGGCCGUCACGCAGUCACCCAUCUUCUUCGUCAACUCGCUCUACAAGGGUUGGAUUUUUGGUGAAACCGGUUGUAAAAUGUAUGCAUUCUGCGGCGCCUUAUUCGGAAUCACGUCCAUGAUCAACCUCCUGGCCAUCUCCGUGGACCGCUACAUCGUCAUCACCAAGCCCCUGCAGGCCUUACACUGGACCUCCAAGCGGCGCACUUGCCUCAUCAUUUGCCUGGUGUGGCUGUACUCUCUGGCCUGGAGCCUGGCGCCGCUUCUGGGGUGGAGUUCUUACAUCCCGGAGGGCCUGAUGACGUCGUGCACGUGGGACUACGUGACGUCGACGCCGGCCAAUAAAAGCUACACGUUGAUGCUGUGCUGCUUCGUCUUCUUCAUCCCGCUGGGCAUCAUAUCCUACUGCUACCUGUGCAUGUUCCUGGCCACCCGCCACGCCAGCAGGGAAGUGGAGAAGUUGGGCUCUCAGGUGAGGAAGUCGACGCUGAUUCAGCAGCAGACGAUCAAGACGGAGUGGAAGUUGGCCAAGAUCGCCUUCGUGGUGAUCAUCGUGUUUGUGCUCUCCUGGUCGCCCUACGCGUGCGUCACCCUCAUCGCCUGGGCGGGGUACGCCAGCGUUCUGAACCCCUACUCCAAAGCCGUCCCCGCAGUUAUCGCCAAGGCCUCGGCCAUCUACAACCCUUUCAUCUAUGCAAUCAUUCACUCCAAAUACAGGGACACCCUAGCCGAAAAAGUCCCCUGUCUACACUUCCUGGCCCAGACCCCCCGGAGGGAUGCCAUGUCGGUGUCGCACAGCCAGUCCUCCUUCAGGGACUCGGUGCUGAGCAGACAAUCCUCCGUCUCCAAAAACAAGUUCCUACAAGUUUCGUCGUCCUUGUCCACGAUGGACACCCAGGUUUGGAGCGAUGUGGAACUGGAUCCAAUGGACCAGAGCCCUUGUCUGAGGUCCAGCUAUUCCCUCGGAGCGCUCAAGGGAAUGGACCAAAGCCACGGCAAAAGACAACAAUGAUCGUUGCAGAGUCCAGUCCGAGGGCGGAGCGCGCUCCCAACAUGUGACCGGAGUCACCGUUGCCGCUCCCGGCUCGGCGGCGGAAAUGGGGGAGCGGGAGGAGCCCCGGAGACUGGUUGUGUACAAGACGCAGCGGGUCGACGUGAACCCGAAGAGGGCCGCGGCGAGCCCGGGAGGAAGGACAUGAGAGAGUCACGCGGGCGCCGAUCCAGACAGAUUCUUUGGACAACACUUCGUGCGCUCGCUGGUCCUAGGAACUCAAAGAAGGAGCCGCCGGACUGCGUGGAAAAACACAGAUACGAUCCGAGCUUGAUUUAUACUUCUGGAUUGUUAAAGUCGACCCUUGGGAGUCGGUGGAAAGUUUUUAUUAUGUCCCCGGCAACAACACCAAACGAGUUCAACGUUCAGUAUUACGUUUCCUCAAAUUGUGGACGCUGCGAGGAAAAAUGGCGGCCCUAACUCGUUUACUCGGCAUUGUUUUUUUUUUUUUGUUUAUAUUUAUUGACACGAUUGGGACAAGCAUCAUGACAGUUAAAAAGAAAAAAGCACGAGAUUGGAUAUCAUCAUAUAUCAGAUAGAAAUAUGUACAGUACAUAUCUGUAACUUCAGUUUGAGAUACCUACAAUUUCAUUCCGACUAGUCAUAAUUCCACCUCAAAAUAUCUGUCGCCUCAAUCCGAGAUAUCAAUGCGUCCCUUUUCAUCCAUCCGUCCAUUUUCUUUGCCGCUUAUCCUCACGAGGGUCGUGGGGAGUGCCGGAGCCUAUCCCGGCUGUCAACGGGCAGGAGGCGGGGUACACCCUGAACUGGUCGCCAGCCAAUCGGAGGGCACAUGGAGACGAACGGCCGCUUUCACAAUCACACCUUGAGGCAAUUUAUCCAUCCAUCCAUUUUCUUCGCCGCUUAUCCUCACGAGGGUAACUGGGAGUGCCGGAGUCUAUCCCGGCUGUCAACGGGCAGGAGGCGGGGUACACCCUGAACUGGUCUCCAGCCAAUCGCAGGGCACAUGGAGACGAACGGCU